AACAUGAAAGGGAGUGUGAUUAAGUUAUUUGGAAACUGCAGUAAGAUAAAGUUACCAGCCUUGAGGACCUGAUGGAUGGUGUGUUGUCAGCAGAUGACUUUGUAAAUGAAGAAUUGAGAUCUUUAGGGAAAGAUAAAGUAGCCACCCUUGAGGACCUGAUGGAUGUUAAAGCCAAAAGGCACUGGUGAAUAUGACAAGUUUUUUGCUGAUGGGGUGUAUACUUGUGCUGGUUGUGGAACACCACUUUCUAAAUCAACCACCAAGUUCAACUCCGGGUGUGGUUGGCCUACUUUCUAUGAAGGUUUUCCCGGAGCAAUCACCCGCACUGCCGACCCGGAUGGAAGGAGGACCAGAAUUACUUGCACUGCUUGUGGAGGACACUUAGGCCAUGUGUUUAAAGGUGAGGGGUUCAAGACACCUACAGAUGAAAGGCAUUGUGUUAAUAGUAUCUCCAUCAAGUUUACUUCUGAAGGCAUUUCAGCUUCUCUUUGAUAUGUUCUAAUCCGCAUUGUUGUGAGACAACAAGUAAUAAUUUCAAGCAGGAGCUUGGUGAAUUAGCAGUUAGUUACGGGAUUCGUCUGCAUGUAGACCUUUGUCUUGGUGGUUUUGUUUUGCCUUUUGCACGUAAACUCUGGUGUGAUUAUCAUAGCAUUUUGUUCAUUACUAUUGUUGCUUAUAUUACCAAUAUGCACUAAUGCCAAAAUAUAAUAAAUUAUAUGAUUUAAUUUAUUAUUUUGCAGGUACCCAAUUCCACCAUUUGAUUUUACAGUUCAAGGAGUGACCUCUAUAUCAGCAAAUGUUCAUAAGUACGCCACAUAUUCAUAAAUUGCCUACAACUUUUUCAGGUUUUGCCAUUACAUCUUAUUGGUUAUAACA